ACGAACUGCUGAGGAGACAUGUUGCAUUCCAAAGUAGUACAGCUUUCAGUUCUGCGAAGUCCCGGGUGCGAAGUCCAUUAUUGAUUGAUCAUUGACUAAACAUUGCGCUUGCUAAAUUGGGUGAUACUAAUAUAUAAUAUUAUUAUACAAAUGUGACACGAGGACGUGUAGAGAGAACCCCUCAAAGAACAUAUGCUCAAACUGAAGAGGGUACACUGACAUUCAUUGAAGAUGGCAAAAAGGAUUCUACCAUUUGCUUUGAUACUAGUAGGAUUAUUUAAGAGUGUUGAAUGCCUCAGCUGCUACAGUUGUAUCGACAUCAACUCCAACAAAAUCAUAUCAAGACUAUCAACGAUGGGACACACGGCCCAAAAUUGUCAAAACAGUCCAAGCAAAAGAAAACAAUGUCAGGUUGGCCAAGUGUGUGGAUAUGUUUAUGGAAAUGUAGACGUGGCAGUCAAUUCAUCAGGUUUAGAGACACCAACUAAUGAAACUUUCACCAUACACGCGAGAGAUUGUAUGAAAGUCCUCGCCAACACGACUAUGAAUUGUCACAAGUACCAAGGCCGUACGGACAUCUUAAAUGAGCCGCUGUCUUUCAUUACUGGCCUGACUGAUGUAAAACUUGAUGGAAAUAUGUGUUUCUGUAAUACUGAUGCGUGUAGGCCUGAUACCAAUCCAGAUUGUCCCGAUGUAAACAUUUUUGGAAUAUGUUUUCCCAUCUGGAGUCUUGUAUUGGCUGGAAUAGGACUUGUCCUGAUAAUUGGAAUAGACCUCUGCAAGAAGCACACAGCACUAGCAAACCUAAGUAGGCCUAGUUGAUAUCUACUAGAUCGAAGCCUGAAACAUAAAGAACUAACACAACAAGGCCAACAAGCUCAUCACUUCUAGAGAGACAAGUCACUGUACAACUGCAGUUCUACAAGACCUUUUGAUUGAGAUUCAUGGACAUUUUCUCCCCUCAUAUGGCGGAAUAUCAAUAAAUCCAAAAUAUUUUUAUAUUUUUCCUGAAAAUGUUAUUCAUUCAUUCAAGAAAUUUUAUUAGAACUUAUGGAAAUACCCUCGUAUGUCUAUAUCGUGGCAAAAUGCUAAGGUUUCUCAAAUCCAAUCAUAGAACUCUCUUAUGAGCCAUGGCCCAAGUCAGGUAAUACUGGACUUGGCCCAUCCUUUAUAGUUAAAGGGUAUCUCAGUGCUCUCUAUAGCUGCUUUAGUAGUGAACCCCGAACUUGAAGGAUGGACUUGGCGGGAAAAACCUUAUUGAAUGCUUAUCGUGCACGAGCUGAAAUCAGUCUAUGUGUAGCUUGUACAUGUAAAUUAACAAUAUGUAUAUUUCAAAGAUGUCAGAUAUGUACAUCAAUUAGGGUGAGUAAAUGUAAUUAUUUAGAUCAGAAAUUAAUUCAUAUAAUAUAAAUAAAAAUAAUAAUGACAAUGU